UAUGAACGAAUUUCAAAAUGCGCAGACAACGUUGAAUCCGGGACGAUGUAAAAUUAACCGCGUGUACGUUUAAUAACCAGACAGUCGGUACUCGACCCAAUCUCUUGGCUCCUCGCGUUGAGAUUCAGAAUUCACUCGAUUUUCGACACACUCUCCUAUCGUACUUUCUAAAUUUCUUCGUACUUUCUAAAUUGCUUCGAGUGCAAUUCCACUCGGAAGGCAGAUGAAGCGAUGACAAUCGAUUCACGCGAAGAUCGUGGCAAUUGUGCUCUUCGCGUUAUCGAGGAUGAUGCGCGCGACAAUUCUUCUCCUGAUCGCCGCGUCGGCCGUGGUAACAGGUGAUAACAAUUGUGUACAACGUGAAGUCGGCCCGAAAGCAAUUGUAUGCGUCUGUAACUCGACGUAUUGCGACUUCACAUCGGAUAUACAAGUGCAAGAAAAUCAAUUUGUCUGGUACACUUCCACUAGAAAUGGCGAAAGGCUGCAGAAAUCAGUCGCCAACUACUCCAAGUCUAUAUCCGAGCCUGUAUCCAGCGAUGUUAUCCUGAUAGCAGACAGUAGUAUAAAAUUUCAAAAAAUAUUUGGAUUUGGUGGAGCGAUGACAGAUGCCGCCGCGCUCAACAUUAGAACCCUCAGCACUGCGACCCAAAAGAACCUAAUUGAGUCGUAUUAUGGUAUCAAUGGUAGCAGAUACACCUUUUGCCGCAUACCUAUCGCAGGUACCGACUUCUCAACGAGACCGUAUACGUACGACGACAUACCCAACGACAUUACAUUAAGUAAUUGGAGCCUCGUGGAGGAGGAUGACUACAAGAUCAAUUAUCUGCAUCAAAUAAAGAAUGUCAUGUCCAAGCCGGAAGAUCUGAAAAUAUUUACUACUGCGUGGUCCGCACCAAAAUGGAUGAAAAAGAGCAACGAGAUAACGUGGGGUCCCCUGAAACCUGAAUUCUAUCAACUCUAUGCUGAUUACAUACUUAAGUUCUUCGACGCGUAUAAGGAACGCGGUAUCGAUAUAUGGGGUAUGACGCCGGGCAACGAGCCGAUAGACGGACUUUGGCCGUUCUUCCCAUUCAACGCUAUGCUAUGGACUCCCGAGACUGAGGGGAUUUUUUCCGUAAAUAAUUUACGUCCAACCUUAUCCAAGGCUGGAUACAAUCCUGUUUACAUGGCAAUGGAUGAUCAACGCUUUGAGAUCCCCACAUUCUCUAAUUUGCUAUUCAACAAUAAGGAAGCCAAAGAAAUGUUCAAUGGUACCGCGUUCCAUUGGUACGAGGACCAAAUUACCAAGCCAAAACGAUUGGAUGAAUUGCACGAUAUGUAUCCGGACAAGUUCAUACUGAUGACCGAGGCGUGCGCCGGUAGCAAUCCUUUAGAGAUAAAAAAGGUAGACCUUGGAUCGUGGCAGCGAGGAGAGGAAUAUAUAUUGGAUAUAAUCGAGAAUUUGUCACAUUGGACAACUGGAUGGGUGGAUUGGAAUUUAGCGCUUAACGAAAGUGGCGCGCCGAAUUGGGCUAAAAACUUUGUGGAUUCACCCAUUAUUGUAAUACCGGAGGACGAUGAGUUUUACAAGCAACCUAUGUAUUAUGCGAUUUAUCACUUCAGCAAAUUUGUCCCACCUAAUUCCAUAAAAAUUUUCCACACCGAAUCUAAUAACAGCGUCAAUUCCAUAGCUUUCUUGACGCCCGAGGGAAAUAUUGUUUUCGUGAUCGUAAACAAACACGAGGAGCCUUAUAAUGUCAUCAUUCAAGACAAGAUGACGCCGAGCAAACAGAUACAUCUACAAAUACCUGAAAAAUCUUUCACCACGGUGCAAUAUCGCGCAACAUAAUAAUGUAGAAGCUUGAUUGUUAAAAUCCUAGAAACGAAACAUGUAUUUACAAAUGCUCGCCGUACUCGUUAAAAGAGGAAUCGAGGCUAUGUAAAAACGUUAAUAUUAUCAUAUAAACUUUUUUUUGAGAGGAACCAAGAUGGAUCGUAUGGAUUAUACGGAAUGUGUCGUUGUAAAAAUUGAUAAUCACUUUUUUAUAUAAUCACUAUUAUAUUUAUGUAUGUUUAACAUACUGUAAAUAUACCUUAAGUCACGGGUAGUAUGAUUUUGCAAAUCGUCCUAUCUUCUUUUUCUUGGGGUUCUCUCGUAAACACUUUGGUAUAUAAAGUGGCUUAUGAUCAUCAAAUCUACGUCUGUACAGAUUAAUUCCGCGUUCAAAUGGUUCUCGUUUCUUAUCCAUCGGACGAGUCUUAUGGUCAAUUAGAUAGAUCUUUUGCCAGUGAUAUAUAUAUGGUAAGCGUCUAAAAAAGAUGUAUCGCGGGUUAGCAUAUAAAGUAUUUUCUUUACCAUGAAUCGGUUUACUAUUUAAAUGAAAGAUUUCCAAUAAAGAUAUAAUUAUUAAAAUGA